AUGGCUGCGUUCGAAUCCAAGGUGAUCAUGGGCUCUGAUACCCGGUACAACGAUGCCAAUACUAUCCUCUUUGUCACACUCGGUUGUACGAUCGCUUCGUAAGUCGAGUUGAAAACGGUUGAGCGGUACAAGCCGCACUCUGGCGACUGAUACUCCUGUUGUGUACUCGCUCUCCACCCGCCCCAACUGUUCAGUCUCUUGUGCUCCAUCUAUAGCACUCUACGUACCCUCCUCCCCUUAUUGGGUCCUCACCCGCUUGAACGACGCACGACGGGCUCCUCGGUCGGCCCCUACGACGCACCUCCUUCCGUCCAAGAGGAAAAGCGCGCAAGUAUACUGCACGUUUCUGACCUUCAAGUCAUGGUUUAUUGACGUAACAAAAGGACCCUUCUUACACCAGCCGAGGUUGAAGUCGGCGCAGCGGUUCACAACCUAUCUUGCCGGGUUGGACAUCAUCGCUGUCUCAGUCUUGGUGUGGGAGGUGCGUCCUGUUCCCUUCUUAGCAGUCGGUAACACUUGAAUCUAACCGAUUUCACAUUGUCACAGACCGCUGUGGCCUCGUCUGCGGGCUCUGCGAUCGGAUCGAGUCGAGCCGGGGCGGCCCGGUUGACGCUUGCUUGCGCGGCUCGGCCUACUUUGCUCAUGGUGGUCGCUGUUCUCUCUUACGCGAAUGUCGUCUUGGGUUGGCUUCUUUCUCUCGAGUUCAGUAAUUUUGACGAAGAGCUGACUCCAUGACUCGAUCUCAACUCCCAGGACGAUCGAUCUCGCUCGGCCGUGUCGACUGGGUCGUCUGGUUGCCGGCGCUCUUUCUGGUGGGACUUGGGACCGGCCUUGCAAGUGCUAUUUCGCGAGCUGCUCCUAAAGUAUGGAUCGGACUGGUCGCUUGGAUUGGGCUGUUUGCUCUCAUUGGUGCGUGGGCUGAACUGACCUGGCCGCGCGGAUGUUUCAUCAGUGAAAGCGUACUCAUCGACCCCUCACCCUGUCUGCGCAGUGACCAUCUGCUUCGGACGUAUCCUCGUAGCCAUCUUACGCGUUCGCAAGGAAAGUGAGCGUGAACGCAAACGCGACACCUCUCACUGGGCUCUCGAACAAGAGCGUGUCAUCCGCAGUAGCAACGGUACACGUGACUCGCGCCACUCGCGCCAUUCCUACUUCAACCGGCCUCUGGGUAGCCCCUAUCUUCCACCGAUCCACACCAACUUCUCUGGUCUGUCCACGUCAUUUAUCGGCACAGUCGGUCGUUCGAAUUCCACUAUCGACUUCUCGAUCUAUCCGGCGACCAUCGAGCCUUCAUUCCGGGAUGCCAAUACGCCGGCCGUCGGAUACGCCCCUUCGCGACCCUCACUGGACCAGGAUUUGAACGUCCGAGACUUCCGCUCACCCACCCCUGGUUCUAGUCGGGGCUUACUUUCCAGUAUGUUUGACACUUUAUCUCGAGCUGCGACGCCGAACACGUUCUACACCUCCAGUCCUCCCCCUUCGUCGAAAACCGUUUGCGAGCCCGACCCCCGUCCCUCACCAGGUGGGGGAGAAGAAGAGGGUCCGCAUGAGAUCCUGACAUUCGAAGAACUGCCACGCCCUUCUAUGUCGUCCAUUUUCCCUUCGACCUGCGGAGAAGGCUUCGUCGGCGGCCCAGCGAUUCGAAAUGCGAUCGUGAAGGAGGUGUGGGCCGGAGCUCCGAUUCCUGGGUCCGGCCAUGGUCCAACGGUGGAGUUGUCGAGGAAGGAAGCACGUGGCGCGCUGGUGAGGAUCGGAGGGCAUCUCGCUGGAUGCCUCGUCGGAUUUGUGAGUCUCGAGCCUGCUCCCUGAAUACCCAACCUGGUGAGCUGACCUGGUCGCCUCUACCGUUUAAAGGCUUUCAUCGCACCUUUUCUGUUCGCCCGAAUCCUCCGCCCAGAUGCGCUCCCCCCUCUCCUCUCGUCGAUGCUGCUCGUGGUUGGGAUCUCUCAACCAGGCAUCAUUCUCGCCGCACAAUGCGCGCUCAGCGAAGGCUUCUGGUUCAAGCAUCCUAUCCCACCGGUGCUCACGUCCUCUUCGGCGGCAGAUCUCGAGCGCUCUCAUGCUCGUGAUGAUGACAAUCCUUCGAUGCGGGAACGCGCCAGCAGUUUUGCUUCAAGUUGUCGUUAUGCAACAAGUGCUUCGACCCUGCCUGGCAUUCCGACGGACGGCGAGGAUGUCGAGACGCCUAAAGGGACGCUUGGUAAGUCAUCACGAAGUUCUGCUCCCCCAGAUGGCAGCCUGGAGCUGAUAACUAGCUCUACAGGUCGAGCUAUGGCAAUGGCAUCAGCACACCCGAAACUUCUCGUGUUGUCUGAAGCUCCGACAUCCAAGUCGGCCGCUGUGACGUCCGGUGCCAACCACAACACUCAUCGCAGCGGAGCCCACGUCCGCUUGCGCAGUCUGCAGCUCGCCAAAAGUGCAUUUUCCACCAUCACCUCACGAUACGGCCACGAACGCGGUGCAAGUGUGGCUAGUCGGGCAACUGUGGGAGGAUUCGAGCAUCCAUCUGAGCAGGCGCCAGUCUCUUCAUCUCCCGAAGUCGGCUAUCGUGAGGACGAGCUCAUCACUCGGUCGCUGCUACUCGCUCGGCGUGCAUCGAUCGCAGUGGAUCGGCCUCGACAUCGCUUGAUGGCAACGGGGACUAGUCGGCACACGCAUUCCUUCUUCGGAAAUCUCGCCAGUGUCUCGCAAGUCGUGUCGACCUCCGCCUUCGAGGGCAAGACACCCGAGUACAGCUUCCACACUCGCGAGCUCACUCUGUCGAGCCAGAUUUCUGCGAACUCCCAAGGAGCCGACUCGCCGAACUACACCAUCGACUACCUCUCAUCCCAAGUACUUCCUCGCCUCCGUCCAGACAUCAAAGUUGGUUCAUCGACUACGGUCAAGUCCGAAAGCAUGUCUCACCAUCGUCGCCCAAGCGUACCACUGGGAUGCCAAGCGCAGUCAAUGAAGAUGCGCGAGUUUGGUCAUGGCGGUUCGGGGUCGGCGCGGCGCAACUUCUCCCUCCCGAACGUCUUCCACCGUGAUGGCGAGGACAGAUCAUCUUCGCCUGAAGAGGAGGAUCCUUGGGUUGCGAUCGAGGAAGAUGACGCUAGGGCGGCGUCUUCGCCGCUCAAAUCGAUCACUCGGAUGGUGCGAGGCGAGGGCAUGUCUUCGAGCCACCGAUCGAAGCCUUCGAUCAAGAAUCGCUCAGAUGACGCCUGGGACCAAGUUGAAGCGAGCGAGAAGAGCACAUCACGCCGCCGACGGCCAUCAUCGAUCCAAAUUGACAGCAACAGCAGGCGUGUCACGUGCCCGGAGCCUCAUAUCGUGAUCUCUCCGCCACCUGCUGCGGCCGUUGCGAACGAGGUCGGAGAUUCUGAGGCAGAGAUUCUUACUGAAGAGCACGAUUUUGCGGAUUCAGAGGGCGAGGACGACGAGCAUAUCCAGGAAGCCGUUUUCCGCUCAUAUCAGGCAGCUCAGUCGAAAACACGCCUUGAACACGCAAGCCCGACCUCAACCCAAUCUGACGAGCCUUCGACGACCGUUCACAACGAGUUCGGCCAACCCCAACAGGUGCCUGUCCGACCAAGCAGUCAGUCAAGCAAUCGUGACUCCACAGGAUCCAAUAUUUCGGCUUCGCUUUUGCGACGACUCGACUUUUCCAACGAGUCCUUCGCCUCAACCAGAUCGAUCAUCUCGACCAGCGAUUCGAUCACCAGCAUUGGUUUCCGCAACCUACUCGAGACGAACUGUAAGCGGAUAACUUGUUGUGACAGCGACCACUCAUUUGACAAACUAACGAUUAUGUUUGGGGCACUGCAGCAUGGCAUGCGCGAGAAGAGCUCAGCAGUUCCGAAGAGCGCUCGUCGUCGGAGGUAUCUCGCGUCCAUCGUAGCAUCAACGGCUUCAACACCGCACGGUCUUCGUCUGGCGUUCUUGGUGGGCGUGAUAUCAACGCCGCUCGACUCUCUUCGGCUUCCGAGAGCGAGGACAGCGAUUCGAGGCCUCGCAAGGCUGUGGUGCGUCGCUCAUCCGUCACCACUUCCACCGCUGCAAGCCAAGCUCCGCACCGCCGUAUUUCAAGCAUCCCUAUCCCCCCGAUUCCCGACACCAUCACCGAGGACUUUGACGAGGACAAGAAAUCGAAUGCUGGCUCAACACCCAGAGCGGGACGGACGCGUGUCGAGUCGACAACAACGACGAUUCGCGGUAGAGGCACGCCAGGUCGACAGACACCGGAACCCGUCCACACCGUCCACCCUGCCGUCGUGACUUCCCCUGGGAUCACAACUCGUUCGAGGGUUCGCACCGCCGCCAUGACACGCCAUGAUGAAAAUGCGGCCCCCGGAUCAGUCCUCAAGACACAGCAAGGCCCUCACGAAAUUCGAGGCUCCCGGACGCCUGUUCGAACCAUGCGAUAG